CUCGAUUCCUUUUUCUCUUUCCUUUUUAUCUAAUAACUGUAAACUUUUCUGGAAACUGCUACUCAGACCUCUCAACCACUCUUCUUUUCUUUGGUGUUUGUCUGAAUAAAGGUACAAGCUUGGAGUUGGGAUAUUUAUAUUUCGAGUUAUGUCUGGAAACCAACAGCUUCAGAUCAGUAUGCCUACAUGGCGGUGCAGAGACGUUAAUACUGCUAUUCCUAUUAAGAAGAGGAAGUACUUUGUGUUGCCUGAAGAACCAGGUGGCUCAUCACCUCCUUUGGAAAAUAAUACACAACCUAAUGAGAAAGGUGAUACUAGGAGUGCUUUGGAUUUGAAUUCAUCUGAUGUAAUUCAGAAAAUGAUUGGUGAGGGAUCUAGGAUAAGUAUUGGAGAACCAGUCCCUUCUGUUUGUGUGGGAAAAGAUGCUGAUAAACCUGAGAUUAUUGGGAACCUAGUUCUUGACCAAAUUAGAGUGAAAGUUGAAGAGCCAAAUAUUCCAAUUCAGUCCAGUCCCUUGGCAGGCUCAGUGAUCCCUUCCGGCUCUAACAUAGUUGCCAAUUCACUCCAUUGUUCUCUGGAAAAGCUUCCUAUAUGUGCUGAAGGACAUCCUGGUGUUGUUGUCACCUCAGGUGAAACUAUUCUUAAGACCCAUGACAUUGUUAGUAAGGAAAGUUUCGGAGGAGAGUGUCAAAUAGAAACAGCUGCUGGUGCAGGUAUAAACAACUCUUCAUAUUUGGAGAAUUCCCCUGUAAGAAAGGGAGUUUGUGCACCUCAUGUCACAGAUUCUAUUUCUACUUGUACCAAAUCUGGCAAUCUCAGUGGUGUGAACAGAUCAAAUUGGGAUUUGAAUACUACCAUGGAUGCUUGGGAAGAUGGUUUAGAUCGCAAGACUAGAGUUAAAACAACUGGUUCAUUCUUUGACAGUGAAAACAGAAGUUGCCCUGACAUAGAGACACCAGGUUGUGGUGAUGAGACAGUUAUUGCAGAUCCUGUUUUUGAAAAACCGAAGGAAACUGUAGAACUUAAAUCUCCUGCAGUGACUUCGACGCUGGUUAAUCCCACAUGUUCGCUAAAUCUAGGCAUCAGUUCAUAUCCUCAUAUUGAGAAGUCUCCUUCUCUAUCAGCUACUGCAUCAGAGGCAAGAUUUGCCUGUACAAGUUUUUCUAGACCAAUAAUGGCUGAUGAUAAUGUGGACUCUGUAAACCUUAGGACUGUGAAGUCAGAAGUCGUUGAAGAGAGUGCUCAAGCUUUUCCAAUGGGGAUAUCUGUUAACAGGGUGAAAGAGGAGGUCGUUGAUAGAUUCAGAAAAGAAAACAGUACAGCAUCCAACAGUUUGAAUCCAGUGGAUUCUAGAUCAGUAAAGGCUCAACCAAACAACUUCAUUCAGUCCAAAGUUUUCAAUAGGAAAGAUGGGACGUUGAAUCAUCCCCAUACACCGAUGAUGCAUACAAAUGAGAUCCUUGAUUUACUUACAAGUUUUACGCCAAAUCAGAAGGAUACACAUACACCCUAUACCAGUGGUAUCAGCAAUGCGCCAAUGUCCAUGAAUGGAAUGACAAGAAAUCCAGGCUUUCAGAGUUAUCCUGACUCUACAUUGAAAGUAAAUUCAGGCCAAAGUUAUGGUCACAGUGUAGUUCACAUGACUAAUGAAUGUUCUGGUCAUGGAGAUCAUAACCUCAAUGCAUCAGAUGUGAAUGUUCCCUUGACAGAAGAUAAAAUUCUAGAUGAUUGCAAGAUUUCUAAAAGUGGUGAAGAAAAGGUUAUUUUAUCCGGUAAGGAGCUAAGGGAAGAGUUAUACAAGUUCGAACCAGAUUGUGGUAAUGACCUAUCUAGAGUUCUGAAGAAGCAAGUUGUAAAAAGAAAUUUGUAUGACGACGAGAAGAUCCAAAGACCAGCUGCCAUGUUUGCUGAGUAUGGGGGUUCUGAAACGGAACAAAUGGAUACUUCUGUUCCAUUUGACGGCGGCAAACAAAAUUAUUACAAUGUGAAAGAAAAAAUGAGUCAAGCUGCACUUCUCGGUAAUACAGGUGAUAAUGAAGGCAGGAUAGUUAAGGAUGGUGAGCAGACAACCCAUCAAAUAAUUCCUUCUAGUGAAAGAAUGUCAGGUGUGUUUACAUUGUCAGGCGGGAAAGUUGAUAACCCUGAAAUAGUAGAUAACAUCAGUCCAGCUUCAUACAAGGCAGACAUUUCUACUAUUGACAAUGAUCCUCCUCAUGCGGAGUCUAGUGAAGGAAGUCAGAGUCGUAUCAAGACACUAGAUGCUUCAGACAGCUUUGUACCAUUGCGAAUGGAAAGAGAUAGACUGUCUGAUUUCUCACUUGAUCAGCGGAAAUAUCUUUCGAGAGGGAGUGAUGAAUCCUGCAAAUUCCCGCGUGAGAGGUACCAAGGCAAAACUAUGAGAAGCCCAAGGUCAUAUUUCAUGCCUGACAGAAGCAAUUUUCAGGACCGGGAUACAAAAAAUUUUGAGUCCAACAAUUAUGGAAACACUCGACGGGGUGGUGGUGCUUUUAUUAAUUCAUAUAGAGGCAGACGACCUGCAGAUGAUGAAUCAACCCCUUUUCCCCACUCCUUUACGAGAAGAACACAUGGCUUUUCAUUUACACAAAGAGGAUCAACAAAUAAAGAGGAUGCAUCUGAAUUUCACGGAUAUAGAGAUGGUGAAAAGUUUACUAGGGGAGUACAAUCCAACGACAUGGAGCCAAUGUUUAUGAAUCAGCCACGUCCGUAUCAAGGUCGGAAUAGUUUUGCUAGAGGAAGAACACAUUUUUCAAACAACCACAAACGAGAGUAUCCUAGAUUUCGUUCAAGAUCUCCAGUUAGAUCAAGAGAACGAUCAGCUGGUCCGUCCUCGUCUUUCAGAAACAGAUCACAGGAAGAUUUCAGUGGGCAUACAGACUAUUCUAACCGGAGAUCACCCUCAGGGUAUAGAAUGGGGAGGGUAAGCUCGCCUGAACAUUCUGGUUAUCCAAGGGAAAUGGUUGGCAGAAGGCAUAAUUCUCCACCUUACUCUCAUAGACCAUCAAAUGCUGGAAGGGGUCGGGGUUACAGAGGAUAUGAAAGGGGCAGAGGAUAUGCAAGGGGAAGAGGUUAUGGAAGAGAUGGUGGCACUUUUUUUAGGAAACCAUAUGAUCGUGUUGUACAUAGAAACCAUGGAAACUGGAACAACGUGGAUCCUCGAGAAAGAGUGGACUAUAGUGAUGAUUUCUUUGAAGGACCAAUGCAUUCUGAACGUUUUGGUGUUGAUGAUAAUGUUGAGAGAAGACAAUUUGGUUAUAGGCAUGAUGGUACGAGCUCGUUUAGACAAUCCUUUAACAGUGAUGGUUGUGCACCUACUGAUGGUGAGGAUGGCCUUGGUGAUGUGAGAUAUGGACAGAACUCCGAUAUUGAGAUGGUUAAAGAACAAGAGAUUGAUGGAAAAGAUAAGCCCUCAACUGCGAAUGCAUCUGGAAGAGCUAAGAAUAUGGAAGAGGAGGAAACUUCAAAAUACAGUGAAAUUUGGCAACGGGAUGAACUUGGCGGUGGUGACGUGUUUUAGAAGAAAGAUUAGUAUUCAGUUUGCUUGAACCUUCUGAGACUAGAGGGAGAUUUGAGUGAUAGUGAAUCAGGUACCAAACGAAAGUUCUGUGAUUUUGCCACGGCAGAGGCCAGUUAAUGGCUGAUAACUCUGGGCAUUUCAGUAACUGGUUUGAAGGGACACUCUGCUAUGUUGUGUUAAAUAGUUGCGAAUUGGUCAGUGCUUGGCUGUGUAGAUAGAGAGAGAGCUCUUCGCUUGUGGUGUCAUCUAGAUUUUGUUGCUUUGUGCUGUGAUUCAGAUUUGGGUGUUAUCUUCUGUGCGGCAGCACUGUCCGUGAAUAGGUAUACAGCUGAAGGAAGAUGGUGUGGGUGUAAAUACAUGUGAGAAAUUUUCAGGCUUGCCUGCACUCAGUUGUCCUCGGUAUGUUUAAGUAGAACGUGACUGUACUAAUAGAGACGAGGAAUGACUAGGGUAUUAGAAGAGACACUUUCCUCUUGUUGAAAUACAGGCCAGGCUUUUAGUCCCAUACAACUUUAUAGACAGAAGAAAAAAUGCAGGUUUUGAUGGGUGAGUCUCUUUGCCAAAGCAUUAAAGUGCAAUACUCUGAAGUUGAGCCUGCGAAGACAAUAACAGCCAUAUGGCUGAGCCAUGACUUUUUUUGGCGUAGAACAUUCACUUUCAUCUGGGCAUACCAGAUAAUAAUUUCUUCUAAAAUGAUCUCAUCAGUUAAGCUUUAGGUACACUCAAGAGGAUUAAUAAGUACACAUCUUUGUGGAACUUGAAGGUAAGCUAAACCAAGCUUGCUUGGAUGUUGAAACAACGGCUGAUCAUCUGCUGGUAGAACUCGGUUUACUGGCCGUGGUAAAAAAACUGGAAACUGCUAAAGUUGCACCGGCCAUUUGAAUCUAUUGGUUUAAUUAAUGGUUUUUUUUUUCUCAUUUAAGUGGGUUUAAAUUUCGACGUGAAUGAUUCAUGUCUUGGGAUUUUGGCAUGGUAUAUAUCAGUAUAUGCUGUUAAUGAGGGCAUAAAGUGUUGGGAACUAGAAGAGAAUCCAGCAUUCUGAUUUGAAACGUGUCUGAGUUUGUAUUUAGUUCUUGUUUCUGAGACAAGAGUCUGAAAUUUAUAAGAGUGAUGAGAGACCAUAUCUUAAUCUGGACCAUGGUUAGCAUACAUGUCAUAUGAUUCUUUAUGGAUGUGUAAACGGUGCAUCUUGAGCUGAUUAGAACGUUGUAGAUCUCCUCAAAGCAACAUGCUA